AUGGCCACAACUCAGAAAAAGGCGACGCUUCCUGCUCCGGAGACGGCUGAUUUCGGCGGCGCUCGCGCCGCCGCCGGCGAAUCGGCCGCCGUAGUCCGUCGCGAGUCCGCGUCGGCGACCCCUGCUGCUGAUUGGAAGGUGACUACCGCCCACGCGGAGGAUCAGACCGGAAAGAAGGCGACCGCUGCUGUCGCGUCCUUGAUCAGACCGGAGCUUUCGAGUAAUGCCGCCAGUAAAGGGAUCCAGAUGAUGCCGAGGGCUCAAACUAAACAUCCUUUGGAUCCUUUAUCUGCUACUGAAAUCUCUGUGGCUGUGGGGACUGUUAGAGCAGCUGGAGCUACUCCUGAGGUUAGAGAUAGUAUGCGGUUUAUUGAAGUUGUUCUGUUGGAACCUGACAAAAAUGUGGUGGCGCUUGCAGAUGCUUAUUUUUUCCCCCCUUUCCAACCAUCAUUGUUGCUCAGAGCUAAAGGAGGACCUGCAAUUCCUAGCAAGCUCCCACCAAGACGUGCCAGACUAGUUGUCUACAAUAAGAAGUCCAAUGAGACUAGCUUGUGGAUUGUGGAGUUGACCGAAGUGCAUGCAACAACUCGAAGUGGACAUCAUCGAGGAAAAGUCAUUUCCUCUACAGUUGUCCCUGAUGUUCAGCCUCCAAUGGAUGCUGCAGAAUAUGCUGAAUGUGAAGCUGUUGUCAAAGAUUACCCUCCUUUUAUAGAGGCAAUGAAGAAAAGGGGUAUUGAUGAUAUGGAUUUAGUCAUGGUGGAUCCUUGGUGUGUUGGUUAUCACAGUGAUGCUGAUGCUCCGAGUCGUAGACUUGCCAAACCACUUAUAUUUUGCCGGACAGAAAGUGACUGCCCACUGGAAAAUGGUUAUGCGCGACCAGUUGAAGGAAUUCACGUGCUUGUUGACAUGCAGAAUAUGGUGGUCAUAGAGUUCGAAGAUCGUAAGCUAGUCCCUUUGCCUCCAGCUGAUCCACUUAGAAAUUAUACCCCUGGUGAAACAAGGGGAGGGGUCGAUAGAAGUGAUGUGAAACCCCUUCAGAUUAUACAGCCUGAAGGUCCAAGCUUCCGAGUCAACGGACAAUAUGUUGAGUGGCAGAAGUGGAAUUUUCGUAUUGGUUUCACUCCAAGAGAGGGUUUGGUCAUUCAUUCUGUUGCCUAUGUUGACGGCAGUCGGGGUAGGAGACCAAUAGCCCAUAGGUUGAGUUUUGUGGAGAUGGUUGUUCCAUAUGGGGACCCUAAUGAUCCUCACUACAGAAAGAAUGCAUUUGAUGCUGGGGAAGAUGGUUUGGGGAAGAAUGCACAUUCGCUUAAGAAGGGAUGCGACUGUUUGGGAUAUAUAAGAUAUUUUGAUGCGCAUUUUACGAACUUCACUGGAGGAGUUGAAACUAUUGAAAAUUGUGUAUGCUUGCAUGAAGAAGAUUAUGGAAUCCUAUGGAAGCAUCAGGAUUGGAGAACUGGCCACGCUGAAGUCAGAAGGUCAAGGCGUCUCACUGUUUCAUUCAUCUGCACUGUGGCUAAUUACGAAUAUGGAUUCUAUUGGCACUUCUAUCAGGAUGGAAAAAUUGAAGCGGAAGUUAAACUUACCGGAAUUCUUAGUCUAGGGGCUCUGCAACCUGGAGAAUCUAGGAAGUAUGGUACCACGAUUGCUCCAGGACUUUAUGCCCCUGUUCAUCAGCACUUUUUUGUUGCUCGAAUGGAUAUGUCGGUUGACUGUAAACCUGGAGAAAUGCAUAAUCAGGUUGUUGAAGUGAAUGUCAGAGUCGAAGAACCAGGAAAGAACAAUGUUCACAACAAUGCAUUCUAUGCUGAGGAAACUCUACUUAGAUCCGAAUUAGAAGCCAUGCGUGAUUGUGAUCCGUUAUCAGCCCGUCAAUGGAUUAUAAGGAACACUAGGACCGUCAAUCGGAGUGGACAGUUGACAGGCUACAAGUUGGUGCCUGGUUCUAAUUGUUUGCCAUUAGCUGGUCCCGAAGCUAAGUUCCUAAGGAGGGCUGCAUUUCUGAAGCAUAAUCUGUGGGUUACACAAUUUGCACGUGGAGAGGAUUUUCCUGGGGGAGAAUUUCCAAAUCAGAAUCCACGUGUUGGGGAAGGAUUGGUUUCCUGGGUGAAGAAGAAUCGCUCUCUGGAAGAAUCUGAUAUUGUUCUCUGGUAUGUUUUCGGCAUUACACAUGUUCCUCGACUGGAAGACUGGCCUGUUAUGCCCGUUGAACACAUUGGCUUCGUGCUUCAGCCUCACGGGUUCUUCAACUGUUCUCCAGCCGUUGAUGUUCCGCCCAGUACUUGUGAUAUGGAUACAAAAGAAAACGACUCGAAAGAAAAUGUUGGGCCCAAGCCAGGUUCCUCUGGUCUUAUAGCAAAGCUCUGA